AGCUGCGGCGGCGGAGGCGGCCACGGUCAUUGGCGCUGAGCGGUUCGGGCUGACCGGACGGGACGGGCGUCCCGGGCAGCCUAGCGCGGUAUCUCCCGCCCCGCACACCCAGCCGGCGAGGGACACUGGACCCGGGUCGGGGAUCGCGGCCGCUCCAGCGAGCCGUGGGCACUGCCACCUGCUCACCUACUCUUCCAGGCCCCAGAGCCCACUCUGUGCUGGUGGGAGCGCAGCGGCUGGCUGCCCAGCAACAGUCCGGGAAGAUGAGUGCCUGCGGGAGGAAGGCCCUGACCCUGCUGAGCAGCGUCUUUGCUGUCUGUGGCCUGGGCCUCCUGGGUAUCGCGGUCAGCACCGACUACUGGCUGUACCUGGAGGAGGGCGUGAUUGUGCCCCAGAACCAGAGCACCGAGAUCAAGAUGUCCCUGCACUCGGGCCUCUGGCGGGUCUGCUUCCUUGCAGGUGAAGAGCGAGGGCGCUGCUUCACCAUAGAAUAUGUGAUGCCCAUGAACACCCAGCUGACAUCCGAGUCUACGGUCAAUGUUCUAAAGAUGAUCCGCUCGGCCACACCGUUCCCUCUGGUCAGCCUCUUCUUCAUGUUCAUUGGGUUCAUCCUGAGCAACAUUGGACACAUCCGUCCCCAUCGGACGAUACUGGCCUUUGUCUCCGGCAUCUUCUUUAUCCUCUCGGGCCUCUCUCUCGUGGUGGGCCUGGUGCUCUACAUUUCCAGCAUCAAUGACGAGAUGCUCAACAGGACCAAGGACGCAGAGACCUACUUCAACUACAAGUACGGGUGGUCGUUUGCCUUCGCCGCCAUCUCCUUCCUUUUAACGGAGAGCGCCGGGGUGAUGUCUGUGUACCUGUUUAUGAAGCGGUACACCGCGGAGGACAUGUACAGGCCCCACCCCGGCUUCUACCGCCCUCGGCUGAGCAACUGCUCGGAUUACUCGGGCCAGUUCCUACACCCAGACGCCUGGGUCAGGGGCCGCAGCCCCUCCGAGAUCUCCAGCGAGGCCUCCCUGCAGAUGAACAGCAACUACCCUGCCUUGCUCAAGUGCCCCGACUAUGACCAGAUGUCCUCUUCGCCCUGCUGAGCCUCGGCCACCCGCAUCCCUGGACCGUGGGUGGCCAGGCAACCCUGCCUGUUCUCUCCAGGUGACCCCUGAGCCCCAGGCCUGUGGUUGACAGGCCCAGGCCACCCAUGCUUAGCUGUUGUCACUUGACCCCAGUCCUCUCCCCGCUUCUCCAGAAGGGCUCUAAAUGCCCCCCAGUGUGGGUGUGGGAGUCUGGAGUUUGCAGGCAAGCUGAUUGGCUGGGAACAUGAAAGAAGCCCCAUCCAUGUGAGUGCCAAUCACAGCUGUGGCUCCAGGAAGCCAGCCGCUCCCUGCAAGCCCAGGAGAGGUUGAUGUUCCCUUUGUAUAUUCUUCCUGCACCCCCAACUUCACGGCCCUAGCCCAUGGCCAGCUCUGAGAUGCCAAGUUCCUUACACAGAUGCAGCUGGACUCAUGCACUUGCCAACUGGCCUGGCCUUCACGUUCAAGAUUUGCACCCUCUGGCCAAAAGGUGACUCUGAUAUGAAGGUCUGGCUGGCUUAGACACGUCAGGCUGGCAGUGUUCCUUCUGAACUCCUUUCUCCUCCGAGUCCCUCCACACGACACACCUGUCCGUGCUCUCCGUCUCUCCUCCCUGACACAGGCCGUGAACCUUUCCUCCCACCAGAACUCAGCUGCCCUGGGUCCUGGCCCUAAGGGACUAAGAGUGGCUCUGGGGCCACACUGAUGAAGUCACAAAGAGGUGUUAAUGGCUGAGGACAUCCUAAUAUGUAUGGCCCUUUGAUAGCAUUAUACAGGAUCCUUUUAUGCCUUAACCCAAAUAACUGAUUCUGACAAUGAGGAUUUUAGAAUUGGGCUGGUCUGAGUUCCUAUCACCAGACAGUUUCUGGCCCUGGGGAUAGUAUCCCCUUACAAGGGCAGUAUUUCUGGACCAAAGUCCUACAAUGGAAUCUUGUAGACAGUUGUCUAAACCACCUAAGAGGAAAGCAGCCUUUGAAGAGGCUGCCUGGGAGUUGGAGCUGGAUUUGAUGACAGCUGGUGCAUUUUGAGUUCAAACAAAGGCAGACUUGGGAUCAUCCAGCCGCUCUCCAAAGGCUGCCUGUGAACAUUUGGGGGUUGCCAAUUUAAUCCUAACACAGAGGAGUGUCUGCUUCCCUGGGUGUAGGACAGAUGUGGGCAAAUCAGAUUCUUCCAGAAGACCAGGCAGUGUGACACCCAUUCUCCUGGUGGGAAACCAGAGCUAAGGGGGUUUCAGUCACCUUCCGUGAAGUCCACAGAAGCUACUGCAAGCCACGCCCACCCUCCUUCGGCUCUCCAAGUGUUGGCUCAGCUUAGACAUUUUUGGUUUUGAGAUUUUGAGUAGCAAAACAGUGCUGGGUGUCGCUGCUGUGCCCGCUCUCCUCUAGACCUCUUUAAGACGCCGUUAGGUUCUGAGGACACAAAGCCACGGCGGCGACACAUGGGCUCCAGCACGCAGUCCAGGAUGCUGCACGUUGGUUCCUGCAGGCUUGGAGGGGUGACGUGCCAGGCAGCUGGGCUGCUGUAAUGAACUAUCACAGACUGGCGGGCUUAAAUAGCACACAUUAAUUUUCUCACAGUUCUGGGGACCAGCAUCCAAGAUCAAGGUGUUGGCAGAACUGGCUUCUUCUGAGGACAUUGUCCUUGGCUUGCAGACAGCUAACUUCUUGCUGUGUCCUCUCAUGGUCUGUGUGCCUAUGUCCCUGUGUGCCUGGUGUCCCUCAGUGUGUCCAAAUUAUUAUUUUUUUUUUUUUCAGAGAUGGAGUCUUG